AUGUCAAAUCAGGAGGUAGUAACAACAAACAAUUUUUUUUUUAUUAAAUUUGCUUGCGUGACGUUUUUGUUUGUUCGUCAACCCAAUUAUUUAAUUAUUAUUUUUUUUUUUUUUUUAGAUGUAGAAACGAUCGUCCGUAAAGACGAUGAUAAUAAUAAUAAUAUCGUUAAAAAAAAUAUCAAACUCACUGAUCACGAUUUAAAUGUCGCUGUUAAAGUUGGUGAAGAAAUAAUAUCAAAGUGGCACAGACUUGAAAAUAAUCUUGUCGGUUCUGGAAUUCAAGUACGUGAAAACACACCGAGUCACGGUCAAUUAAUUUAUUCGUAUCCAUCAAGAGAAGCUUUAGACUUUGGUGUUAACGAACCGAGAAGAAGCGUUAAUAGAAAACCUUUACCAUCACCAAGGAUCGUGAGUAACGUUUUAAUACCAUCGAUUGAUAAGCAAGAAAAAAUGAUAACGUUGGCGUUUGUUCAAUGGACUCAAUUCAUAGGAAAUGAUUUAUUUCACACACCGUGUAAUAAAAUGAUUCAUACGGAAAGACCAAUUGAAUGCUGUCAUUACAACGGUAAAAAUUUAAGUCCGAGAUUUUUACAUCCAAUAUGUCGUCCAAUAACGAUCCCAUACGACGAUCCAGAUUAUUCCGAAGAAAGAACAGUUUGUAUGAAUUACGUUCGUUCUUUAACUAGUUUAAAUGAAAAAUGUAAUUUUGGACCCGCUGAUCAGAUGAAUCAAGCCACGCACUUUUUAGACGGGUCGAUGAUUUACGGGUCGACGUCGGAAAAUGUUAUUUCGUUACGUACGAUGAAAAAUGGAAAAUUAGCAACUACGAAUAUAAAUGGCGUAGAAUUAUUACCCGUAUCUGAUACGCCAGAAGAUAAUUGUCAGUUAAAUGAAGAAAAAAUUUGUUUCAAAUCAGGGGAUUCGAGAGUUAACAUGCAUCCACAUCAUACUGCCAUGUAUACGAUAUGGGUUCGAGAACAUAAUAGAAUAGCCGAAUAUUUAUCGAAAAUUAAUCCGAAUUGGGAUGACGAUAAGAUUUUCGAAGAAACUCGAAAAAUCGUUAUUGCACAAAUACAACACAUCACGUACAAACAUUGGAUCCCACAAAUAUUCGGACAGGAAAUAACACAUAAAAAUAAUUUAUUUGUUAAAACAAAAGGAUUUAGUAACGUUUAUUCUGAAAAUAUCGAUCCGUCGAUUCGUAACGGUUUUGCCGUGGCAGGUUUUGCAUUUGUUAAUUCAAUGCUUAAAAGUCAAUUAAGGUUGUACGAUAAAAACGGUUUUCAUAACGAUUCUUUACUUUUAAAAGAUUAUUUUAAUAAACCGUACCUUCUUCAAAAUCCAAAAAUAUUCGAACAACUUUUAAGAGGGAUGAGUUAUGAAAAAUCGGAAAAACUCGAUGAUUCAUUCGUCAAAGACGUCACGAAUUUUCUUUUCAAGGGAUCCAAUAGAAUGGGUCACGAUAUUAUGAGUUUGGAUAUCCAGAGAGAAAGAGAUCAUGGAAUACCUGGAUAUAAUUCAUUUAGAAAAUUUUGCAACAUGUCUUCGGAUGAUAAAUUUGAUACCUUUUUGGAUUCCAUUCCGCCAAACAAUUUAAAUAAACUAAAAUCCAUUUACGAACAUCCGGAUGAUGUCGAUUUGAUUGCGGGAGCCAUUUCUGAAAUUCCAAAAUACGGUUCGCGAUUGGGUCCAGUUUUUCAAUGCAUAAUAAAAGAACAAUUUAAAAAUACAAGAGAGGGCGACAUUUAUUUCUACGACAUCGGUGGAAAACCUCAUUCGUUUAAAGAAGGGCAAUUAAAUGAAAUAAAAAAGGCAACACUGUCGAGAAUAUUUUGCGACAAUGUAAAAGAAAUAAAAAAAAUUCAAUUGGAUAUAUUUAAUGUUCCGUCAGUGAAAAAUCCAUUGUUUGAUUGCGAUGAUCCAACAUCUCCCAUACAAAGACUCAACCUUAACCUCUGGAGAUCAAAAGUUUAA